AUGUAUAUUUAUUAAAAUGUUCUGAAAUCUUAACUUGAAGAAUUAUAAUAUGUGAGAACUGAAUACAAGGGUGAAAACACAGAACUUAUUGCAAAGACUUUAGCAGAGGCUUAUACGAAAAAAAAUGACUUAUUUAAAGCAUUGAAUAUAGAAUAUGCUUAGAUGUAUGAAGAAUUUAGGUCUUUUUUAAUAAAACAUGCAUAUAAAUGGAUUCUAGUUUACUAUGAGAAAUAAUCAUAUGAGAAAAACAUCUUUAACAUAGUAGCAAUAAUUUCUUAUACUGAUAUCAACGACCUAAAACCUAAUGAAUAAGAAUAACAAAUAUCAAAUUAUGAUAUUGUCCCACAAAUCAGCAAAGUCAGACAAUAUAUUCGACUUAAGGCUUUGAAGUACUUUUUUGAUAGGUAUCAUCCAAAGUAUGGAGAAUAUUGUGUGACAGGAGCAUUUGCAUUUUCUGCCAAAUUUAUGGGGGCAAGACAUUCUCUCAGAAUAUAUGCUGAUUCCAUAGAGUUUAUUCAAUCCAAAGGAUAUAAAUAUGGUUUUGGAUGGACAGCAAAUGAUAUCGCUAAAAACUUAUAUGACAAGCUUCAUCUUCUACUUAGAGAAGAAUAAUCUUUAGAAAAGUUAUAUGUAGAAGAGACCAAAAUCUAUCCCUAUAGCAACAUAAAAAUGAUUCAAGUGCUAUAUAUAGGUGACGUUGAUUAAUCUGUAAUAAAAUUAAGAAAUAUUUUGAGUAAUAAAUAAAAUUGA